ACUUUCGUAGAACCCGAGUCUGACAACCGAUGAUGCUUACAGGUAUUAUUCGAGGAGUGUCAGAAAGCCGUUAAGAGUCCUAUAAGAGGCGUGAAGAAGAACCAAUGUAAUUGAAAAGAGAUGAGUUUGACUCUCGCGUUUUCAACACAUUUUCGACACCGAGUUGCCUUUGCGCUAUAAACCGCCAAGAUGUCAAUCAUCGACCAGAUCCCAUUGCCUUGGGCAUUGACCCUUGGAUGCUUUGCUAUUGUAGUCUAUUACAUCCGCUCAUACUUAGCGACGAACAGUCACCUUCGAGAUAUUCCUGCGCCUUUCCCAGCUCAAUUCACCAAUCUAUGGCUCCUCUACGCCUGUAGGCGGGGAAGGCGUUAUCUCGUCGUGGAUAAGGUCCAUAAGAAAUUAGGUCCCGUCGUUCGUAUCCAGCCAAACCACGUGAGCAUUGCCGAUGACGAGGCUAUCCAGGUCAUCUACGGCCACGGAAACGGGUUCCUCAAGUCCGAAUUCUACGACGCCUUUGUGUCGAUCCGGCGCGGUCUAUUCAAUACUCGAGACCGCGCCGAGCAUACUCGCAAGAGGAAGCUAGUCUCAAGCACAUUCGCUCCGAAGGCCAUAUCUCAGUUUGAGCCGUACAUUUAUGAGAAUCUCGAGAUGUUUGUGAAGAGAUGGGACGAGCUGAUCGAAAGCUCACCAAAGGGGGAUAAAACAGCCUAUGUGGAUUGCCUAAAAUGGUUCAACUACGUUGCCUUCGACACCAUUGGGGAUCUAGCAUUUGGCGCCCCCUUCGGUAUGCUGAAAGCAGGAGCAGAUAUUGCCGAAGUUCGCACAGCUGUCGACUCGCCGCCCAUCUAUGCGCCGGCGGUUGAAAUACUCAACCGCCGCGGUGAAGUGUCUGCUACUCUCGGCUGCUUCCCACAGCUAAAGCCAUACGCCAAAUGGCUCCCCGAUUCGUUCUUUAGCAAAGGUCUCGCAGCUGUGGAGAACUUGGCCGGUAUCGCUAUUGCGCGCGUAAAAGAUCGUCUGGAGAACCCACCGGAUAUCAACCGCAGAGAUCUUCUUGCCUUGCUGCAAGAAGGGCGUGACGAGAAAGGCGAACCAUUGGGCUUUGAGGAACUAACAGCAGAAGCACUAACGCAGCUGAUUGCAGGGUCAGACACGACCUCCAAUUCGUCCUGUGCUCUUCUUUAUCAUGUUGCACGGACUCCAGGUGUCUUAGAAAAGCUGCAGGCAGAACUCGAUGCAGCAAUCCCAAGUGACAACGUUACCGUGCCUUCGUACGACACGAUCAGAAAUUUACCAUACCUCCAGAUGGUCAUCAACGAAACGUUGCGUAUUCACUGCACAUCUGGGAUCGGUCUACCACGAGAGAUCCCAUCCGAUUCUGAGGGAGUGCACAUCCGCGGGUACUACUUCCCUCCUGGUACAGUGCUUAGCGUGCCAACAUAUACCAUGCACCACUCGCGGGAGAUAUGGGGCGAGGAUGCAGAUGAGUUUCGCCCCGAGAGGUGGGAAGACACAACGACGCGCCAGAAGAACGCAUUUAUACCAUUUAGCACAGGUCCUAGAGCCUGUGUUGGCCGAAACGUAGCCGAGAUGGAGAUGAAGAUGAUCGUGGCGACUUGGGCGCGGCGAUAUAAAGUGUUUCUGUGUCAGGACGAGAUGGAGACUCGCGAGGGGUUCUUAAGGAAGCCACUAGCAUUGGAUAUUGGACUAAAGCGAAGAGUUUAGGAUAAGAUAACAUUGAUCUAAUUGGUAGUUUUAUCAAACAAAGCAACGAAAUUUCAUACAAGGUUAUAACUGAAAUACUUCAUAUUGAUUAUCAUUUUCCUAUCAUUUCAAUAUACCACUAAAAAAUAAGCUGCGAGAAAGAAAAAAAAAAGGGCCACUCUACCCACCUUGUGUGUCCAUACACCCCAAGAACAGCCUGACGAUUAAAAUCCUACAUCAUCACGUCUAUACUAUUUUAACAAAUAGAGUAAAAUAAGA